GAAUACCAAACCCAUCUCCCUCUCCCUCUUCCUCCUCUUUGUCCAAAGCCUCGUAUUUCCACUCUCUCUCGUCUCUCACCUUCUUUCUCUAUUUGCUUGUUUCCACGAGAACAGAGAAACGGAGAGAGGAAGCCAUAGCUAUGGAAUCGUUGCCUCUGAGGAGUUCGAUGGGCAGGAGCCCGCUCUUGGAUUCCAGGGGGCCCGCGCGGCCGGAGAUCCGGCCGCGGAGGGUGGGCCUGCGUGUGGUCUCGGCGGCGGCGGCGGCCGGCGAGGGAGGGGCUCCGGAGCCGGACCUCAGGGUCCGGGUGAACGGACUGGAGAUGCCCAACCCUUUCGUGAUCGCGUCGGGGCCGCCGGGGACCAACUACACCGUCAUGAAGCGGGCCUUCGACGAGGGAUGGGGUGCCGUCAUCUCCAAAACCGUAUCUUUGGAUGCUGCUAAAGUUGUAAAUGUAACUCCUCGUUAUGCUCGGCUCCGAGCAGGAUCAAAUGGUUCAGUCAAGGGAUCGAUUAUUGGGUGGGAGAACAUUGAACUUAUUAGUGACAGGCCUCUUGAAACUAUGCUAAAUGAGUUUAAGCAACUUAAAGAAGAGUAUCCAGAGAGGAUACUCAUUGCUUCAAUUAUGGAGGAAUACAAUAAAGGUGCUUGGCAGGAGCUUAUUGAGCGAGUUGAGGCAACUGGAGUGGAUGCCCUCGAGAUCAACUUCUCAUGUCCCCAUGGCAUGCCGGAGCGAAAGAUGGGAGCUGCAGUGGGCCAAGAUUGUGCACUUUUAGAGGAGGUAUGUGGGUGGAUAAAUGAGAAAGCCACCGUACCUGUUUGGGCAAAGAUGACUCCAAACAUAACAGAUAUUACCCAGCCGGCUAGGGUGGCUCUGAAAUCAGGAUGUGAGGGAGUAUCUGCAAUAAACACAAUCAUGAGUGUGAUGGGCAUUGAUCUCAACACUUUACACCCGGAACCAUGUGUUGAGGGGUACUCUACACCAGGUGGAUAUUCUGCAAAGGCAGUUCAUCCUAUUGCACUUGCAAAAGUGAUGCAGAUUGCAAAAAUGAUGAAAGAAGAAUAUGAUAAAGACUAUUCACUUUCUGGAAUUGGAGGGGUCGAGACAGGUGGUGAUGCUGCAGAAUUUAUUCUACUUGGUGCAAAUACUGUUCAGGUAUGCACAGGAGUAAUGAUGCAUGGUUAUGGCCUUGUGAAGAAACUAUGUACUGAUCUGAAGGAUUUCAUGAGAAAACACAACUUCACUUCAAUAGAAGAUUUUCGAGGGGUUUCCCUUCAGUACUUUACCACACAUACUGAUUUAGUGCAGCGGCAACAAGAGGCAAUCAGACAGAGAAAAGCUGUUAAAAAGGGUUUGCAGUCAGACAAAGAUUGGACAGGUGAUGGCUUUGUUAAAGAGACUGAAAGCAUGGUGUCCAACUGAUGUACAAUAGGAAGGAAUCAUCUCAUUGUUAUGGGCCGAAUCUCACUUCACAAUAUCACCCUACCGAUGGAAAUAAAAACUUGAUGAAGAAAAGGAUGGUUAACAUGCUUUAUCAUGUUGUAAAGAAAGGGUGAUCUGUAGGUUGCUUUUUCUUCUUUUUUCUGCUGCUUCGGCAUGAGCAGGUAUAAUCCAAGGAUUUUCUGUAACUGGAAUUAUUAUCUUCAUGUUCAGUGUUUAUGGUUGCUUGGAGACACUUGGAGCUUGGUGAUGAUUGGUAUCCUAGAGUGACCUUGGU